AUGAGCUCGUACUUUACAUCUUUGACCAGCGGCUCGGCCAUCUCUGGCCUGGGCUCGCGGCUCACCAACCUUCGCCGUGCCAUUACCCUAGGCGAUGAGGGAGACGACCCCGAGAAUGAAGACUGCUCCCACAUCUCCAACGCCCUUCGCGCCUACUACACCGAAAACGGCCGUCCAUUCCCACCAUGGCUCCCACAAGACCCCAAGGGUCCAGCUCCGGCCCCCUCCCGCCAGAUUGCGACUUCACAGCUACCCUCUGGCAGCUACAACCAAGGGCCCGCCAACUCCGGUCGGAGCGGCGGUCUAGGUGAUCUAUGGGGUGAUUCUCCCUCAUCCCAAGGAUCGAUCCCACAGACAGCCAGUCUUCGUCGCGGACGUGGUGGCACAGCACCACCGCUCGGAUCAGCCAACAGCGCGCCCCCGGGCCCGGCCAUCACACUUUCUCAGUCCCAUUCGCCUGCUGGAUCGGGAUCCCCUAGUCCAGCUGGAGCGCGGCCAUUGCCCAGCCAGCGAGCUGGGUCGAGUCAGUCUGCCCAGACGCGUCCGAUUCUCGACCGUGUUGGAUCGGGUGGUGGUUCAGCCCAGGACCGACUGCGGGCUAGAUUACAGGGAGGAAGAUCUCCUAGUCCCAAUGUUGAUCCCAGUGUUCGGAAGCCUGUUGGAAUGUCUGGAAGACGAUGA